AUGUCGCAGGCCUGUCAGCUCGUGAGGACCGCCAGGCCAGGAUACAAGACACGCCCUCCUGGCCUGGCCCUGGCUGACCCUCCUCCCGCCCUCCCGCAGGGUAGUCUCCUGGCCUGGCCAGGGCUGCAUCUCCUCCCGCCCUUCCGCGAGGCAGCUGACCUGUCCCGGGUUGCCCCUCCUCCCGUCCUCCCGCAGGGCAGCUCGGCUAGCGCGGGAUGCCCCUCCUUCCGCCCUCCCGCGAGGCAGCUGACCUGCCCCGGGUUGCCUCUCCUCCCGCCCUCCCGCGGCUUCCCUUACCCCAGCACGUUCAUGGAGGUCGCUAAACUUGACUGGUCUCCUCCACUCAAACGGUGA